AUGCCAUCGUACAAGGUGCCGGAAAAAAGCGCAUUCGACUCAGAGGGGGCUCAACCUGCCAGCAAGUCUGAAGCCGCGAGGUUCAAUGCCUUCACCUUAAAAAAGCUGCAAGCUGCAAUCAAAAAAGAUCCAGAGAUCAACUUAGCCGAGCAAUUCCCCAUGGGAUAUCAGGAACGACUCAUGGCCAAGAAAACAGAAAUCGAACGCCCCCCGAAGAAGUCCAAGGCUCAGCUCGAGGCCGAGGAAGACAUCCGACUAUCCCUUCGCCCAUCCGACCCGGCUGAAAUCGUAUUUCCUCUUUCGGAUGCGGUUGCAAACUUACUCGCCCCGUCACAAACUGCUGGUUCGGCGAAUGGACUUUCUCAAAGACUGAUUGAGAUCCUAGCAAGCAGUGAAAUUAUCUGGAAAGCCCCCUUUGCCGGACAGAAAUCAGUGUUCAAAUGCUCCGCUGACAUCGUUAUCAAAGCGAUUCGAAACAUGGAGGACUAUACUGAAUACACCGCUUUACAAUAUCUUGAGCGUCAUACGUCGAAUAUCCCAGUACCAAGGCCUCUUGGUUUAGUGCGUAUGGGUCGGUAUUCUUUGUUAUUCAUGAGCUACAUGCAAUCUGUGCCGCUGGGCGAUGUCUGGCAGACACUCGACUCUUGUCAAAAGUCCUCUCUUAGCAAGCAACUCAACUCGAUACUGGAAGAUCUGAGAACUCUUCCUUAUACAGAAGGGACUCCUUUAGGAGGAGUCGGAGGUGAAGGCUGUAAAGAUCUCAGGAGACAUGUUCGAGUGAGUGAGACAACCAUCACCAGCCUUGAAGAGUUUGAAACAUUCAUGUACUCGAGCCCGCAUCCAGGCGGCGGCGUGUUUGUCAAGUUUCUUCGUCGAUUAUCACCAUCUACAAACGGACAUUCGGGUCCCCGCAUCGUUUUCACUCAUGGAGAUAUAAGGCCGGAUAAUAUCAUGGUUGAAUUGGUCGACAACAACUAUAUGGUUUCGGGAAUACUGGACUGGGAAUAUAGCGGCUUCUAUCCAGACUAUAUUGAGUCUGUGCGGUGCACAAACUGUCUCAGCCCUUAUGAGGAAGAUGACUGGUUUUUAUAUUUGCCUGAAUGCGUCUCGCCGGAUAUCUAUGCUCAGUGGUGGCUUCUUGAUCGCGUUAGGGAAACUAGGGUUGUAUGA